AUGUUCAUGUUGCCCGAAACCGUUUUUCUGUAUUUUUAUCCUAUUUCUUCGUCUAAUUCUUGCUUAUUUGGAGUAAGUUUCACGAGGAAGCCUUAGUGGCUACGCCAAACGUGGAGCUUGGACAAGGCCAGCCUCGUGCCGCAAUUCUCGGAUCUCUUUGACCUCGAAACUCAGCCGCGCCCGCGCUUAAGCUUCUCCAUAAAGCCAAACUGAACCGAAGAGUCGCGCGCCUCCAUCCUUCAAAUACAUCGCGACCUCACUCCCUCACCAACGUCUCCUUCGGCGCCUAUCGCCAAUUCGACCAUCAUGUCAUCUUCAGCUCCUCGCACAGGCGAGCGCUUGGUUCACCAGGACUUCAUCGCACGCAUCCGAUUCUCCAAUGCGCUCCCUCCACCACCCCAUCCUCCUAAGCUGCUCGACAUACCCAAUACUGGCCUUGCUAGCGGUCAAUAUACGACGCCAGGCUUUGCUUCGCGCCUUGCAAGGGAGCAGCCGCUGAAUAUUGAGGCGGAUGCUGAACUGGGAAUGCCCCUUGACUUGGUCGGCAUGCCUGGUGUUUUCGAUGGCGAUGAACGAUCUAUUCAAGCUCCUCCUCAUCCUCCUGCUCUUCAUCCUCACGAUCGACCCCUUCUAAGACCCAUUGCCGCUCUGGGAAAACACAAGGUCGCAGAAGCCAAUGUUUCUUUCCUUCGCCGAACAGAAUAUAUCUCUUCCACUGUCACAAAGCGACAAGAUGGUGCUGCACCUCGCGCCCUACUCACUAAAGCCAACAAGAACCGACGCAUCCCGGAGCCUGCAGCCGAUGCUCCUCAUGUCAUUAAGCGCAAGAUUGACAAGGGCUUCGACAUUGCUGAGCAAGAGUUCAAAGACCCCAAACGCGCCAAACACCCGAGCAAGAGAAAUCUCAAGGUUGUCGAUGUGUCGCCUUUCAUCCCAGAUCUCGAAGCUUUCCCCGACUCAGGCGCGUACGUUACGAUCAAAUUCCACCAGAACCCCGUGGUUAGCACAAAGGAUUACGACCGGCGUCUUCUCAGUGGUUUGUUCCGGCCCAUUGAUCGGACAGCCGAAGAGGAAGAAGCGUAUGAGGCAGCUGUGGCAGCUCACGAGCAAGAUCCUGAAAAUAAUCCCAAACCUCAGAACUGGAUGAAUUUUGAUUAUUAUUUGGCAGCAACACCUGACGUAGGGGAUCGUUUCCGUCGCAAGUUCGAUGUUGAGGACGCCGACCACAACGAAGACGAACUUUAUACUCAUGACUCUGUCAACGGUGGAUGCUUCCAAUAUAACCGGCUCAGAGCGUAUGAGACAGCUCAGGAGACCAAUUACGACCACGAGACCAAGUUCGAUGCAGAGGUUCUCCUGGCUUACAACGAGGACACUUUCUAUCCCAACCAGAAGGCCGUAUACUACUAUCCUGUUAUGCAGAAAUCUGUAAUUCGACCCCAGCGAACAAAGAACAUUGCGCGGAACAUUGGUAUCACCGAUGAGGAGCAAGUCGUUGACCAGCUCGACGUCACUGUCGAAGACCCAAGAGAGGAUAUUCGUGAGAUGAUCAAACAACAUCAUGAUCACCCCCUUGGCACAGGACAGGCCGAUGAGGAAGAAGGGCAUGAGGAGGAGCACCACGAGGGCCAGGACGCUGAAGGCGAGGAGGAAGCAGAACACCAUCGGGUCAGCAGCCCAGCAGGUCGUCGCUCAAGCUAAGACGAACGCGGUGUACUCUAGAGGAAAAGAGAACAAAAGCCCAUGUCCUUUGGGGAGAUUGUGAUAUAUACUUCGAGACAAUUGACAGUUGCGAGGACAGAAAU